CUGGGGCUGACAGCAAUGCAACUGUGAGCUCUUCUCUCAUUAACGGGACAGCCUAUUUUGCCCUAACGGAGCGGUGCCAGUUGCACUCACAUUGCAAGUGGCACAAGAGAGAGAGAGGAGCCCUAUUGAGUGGCCGGUAGCGAUGGUUGGCAGACUGAACCUGCAGGAUGUCCCUGAUCUGCUGGACAUGAAGAAGAAAGGUGAAAGGGUGUUGGACAGCCCGGAUUCUGGGCUCCCCCCCAGCCCCUGCCCUAGUAACUGGCACCUGUCUGCUGGCACAGCUGAGAAAUCCCCCGAGCAAGACAUCUCUGGGCAAAAUGCCCCAGCAAAUUUGGCCCUCUCAUUAAGCUUAUCAAGCAGCUUUACGCCAAGACUGUGCCCUUUAUCGUUUGGAGAGGGUGUGGAGUUUGAUCCGUUGCCACCAAAGGAGAUAAGGUACACCUCAUCAGUUAAAUAUGAUUCUGAGAAGCAUUUUAUUGACAACAUCUACAUGCCAAUGGGAUUAGGCCUCUCCUCCUGCAGCCAAUCUGUGAUCUGUGUACCCAACUGUACAUGGCGCAAUUACAGAGCAGAAGUUCAUUUAGAACCCAAGAACAAACCUCAGAGAUUCAAGAGCACCACCAUUGUUUAUCCCAAGCACACAAAGGUUAUUUAUACCACUACCCUGGAUUACAACUGCAAGAAGUGCAUGAGGCGCUUUCUAUCCAGCGUAGAGCUGGAAUCUGCCGAACACCUGGGCACCGAGUGCUUCGGAGAUGAUUAUUAGAUCUAUUUUCUCCUUACUGUCAAAGUUUAAGAACCUAAUCAUUUUGGUAUUACUGUGACACUUUGAUCACAAUAAUUACAGCCAAGCAUAUUACAUAAAGACAGCUUUGAAGUAUUUGACACUGAAAAUGGACCGUCUUCCAGAACCCAGACUCAGUGUGAGAUUUGAUAGGUCUGUGGUAAUGAGAUUUACUGUAGGCAAACGGUUUCCCUCUGUGAAUUGGUGGGAACUGGCACUCACUGCAAAUCCAUCCCUGUGUGAGCCCUGAAAUCAUCUGCUUUUGACAUUUACAUACUUAUGAAAGGUUUUCUCAUGACUGUGAAAGUUAUCAUUUAGAAGCUGGUCUUUCUCCAAAAAAAAAAUAAAAAGAAGAAAGAACUAUUCUGCCUCUAUUUACACAAGAAGAGAAUAUUAUGUCAUGUGCCUCCAAUAUCAUAUAUCUGAACAAUGACUAAAAGUCAUGGGCUCAAAUAUAUAUUUGUCCUACGGAGCUGAAAGUCAAACGAAAGAUAAAACAGACAAAAUACCAAAUCAUCGGUGCCUUAUAUUUAAUCGCAAACUAAACAUGGAUAUAUUUGGUGAAAUGAAUUUAAGGAUAUGAGUAAAUAGUUGUAUAUUUUUCAACUUUGCUUUCAAAUAAACCCCUUUGCUGUAUGGCCAGUGAGGUUACUAAUUCUAAUGCUGAACUGGAAUUGUCACUUCCUCACAGGGAGAAAAGCCUGAAAUAUGACAAAUUAAUCUCAUCCUCUCACUGCAAAGGGUUAAGGUGCCUUGUCUUUAUUUCUGACCCUCAAACUGUGUUUUUUUCCCUAAACUGUUUUGUACAGAAAAUAAAGCACCUAAGGAAAUGAAUUCAUCUCAAUAUUGGUGCCACAAAUGUAUAGCCCAUAACCUACAAAUACUGCCUGGUGUUUCUAAUAGAAAAACGCACAUCAUUAUACCAAAGAUACAAACAUGAGAUACAGUAAAUAUUAAAAUAAUUAUAUAAUAUAAUAAUAUACUGUAUAUAGCAUACAUCUGUCAAGCCGUUUUAUUUUAUUUGCCAGUGCCAUACAAAUGUUAGAAGCUCUGUAGCUAUAAGACACUGUACUGUACUGAAUAUUUUGUUUGGAAGUGUUACAUGCAGUCCUGCAAUCUGUGAAUACUUUUUUUGUAUAUUGCUGACAAAUAUCAGGCAUCUGGCGGAGUACACCUUCAUUUAAUAUGAUGACCUUGGAAUGUAUCUCAAAAUCAAUAAAAUUAAACAGUAUA